GUGAAAUUAAGCAUGACUGCUCUGGAAAAACCUCGGCCUUCCAUCCCAAUCUCGCCUAGAUGCGCUAUCCAGUUGCUUCUCAUCCACCAUGUGCAAUCUCAAGCCCUUCAGGAAGGGAUCCGCUGCUUGGGACAACUCCACCGGUUUAUUUCCCAAGAUGUUUGGAUGAAACCGCUUGAUUCAUGACAAUGAGAGCUAGAUGAGUUCGCGGUGUUCGGGAGAACAUCCCCUUGUUCCUGCCUGCUCCCGGUUUCACACCGGGUAGAUCCAAACUCUAUUUAACCCAGCCCUGCCCUCAUCGACUUUGGUGCUCGCAUCAUCUUCAACCAUCAGCAAUCAUGCGUUUCGCCCUUGCAGCCCUCGCAGCUCUUCCCGGAUUGGCUCUUGCCUACUCCAACCCCGAGUCCUGCUCGGGAGUAUGUAUCGUCAGCGACCCCGGUCUCAUGCGCCGUGUGUCGGAUGGCAAGUACUUCCGUUUUUCCACCGGUGGUGAGAUCACCUUUGCUACCUCGGACUCUCUCUUCGGUCCCUGGACGGGCGUUGGAUCUGUUCUCCCCGAUGGAUCCAGCAUCGACUUGUCUGGUAACACCGACCUGUGGGCCCCUGAUCUCCACUACAUCGAAGGCACCUACUACUGCUUCUACGCGGUCUCGACCUUCGGCUCCCAAUCCUCCGCCAUCGGUCUCGCCACCUCCGCCACCAUGGAGCUCGACUCCUGGACGGACCAUGGCUCGAUCGGCGUCAAGUCCAGCAGCGGCAAGCUCUACAACGCCAUCGACCCCAACCUCAUCAAGGCCGACGGAACCUUUUACAUGAACUUCGGCUCCUUCUACGAUGACAUCUACCAAGUUGAGAUGAACUCGGCCGGCACCAAGUCCGCCGGCAGCGCCGCCUACAACCUCGCUUUCAACGCCACUAGCACUCACUCCGAGGAGGGUUCUUACAUGUACCAGUACGGCGACUACUACUACCUAUUCUUCUCUUCGGGUGCUUGCUGUGGUUACGAUACCGAUCGCCCGGCUGCUGGCGAGGAGUACAAGAUUAUGGUUUGCCGCAGUACCAAGGCCACUGGUAACUUUGUUGACAAGGACGGCGUCGCUUGCACGGAGAGCGGUGGUUCUCCUGUCCUUGAGAGUCACGGUACCGUCUACGGACCCGGUGGUCAGGGUGUCUACGAUGACCCGGAAUACGGAACCAUCCUCUACUACCACUACAUCAACACGGAGAUCGGCUAUGCUGAUUCCGAUAAGCAGUUCGGCUGGAACGUUAUCAGCUGGUCUGAUGGCUGGCCUUCUAUCUAAGGAUUAGACUGGCUAUUGUACAUAGUGUUUAGGGUUGUCUGAGAUGGGCGAUUCUGUAUAUACUUUUGUUGAACAGGAUGUUAUAAUAGUGUUGCAUGUGUAUUAAGG